CCACAACACAGUGGCGCACCUGCGGGUCUCUCCUCAGGGGGGCGAUAACGCGCACUUUGCCAACAGAGCGCCGAGGAAGCAGCACGACGAAAAAGAAAAUCUCGCCAACGAAGAAGAAAUACGAUUCGUUUGGGCGCUCCGCCAUGGAAGCGAUUUUCAGCGAAGUCCUCAAAGUCGUCAUUAAAUGUCGACACUGCGAUGAAAGAAAAGAACACAUCCGCGUCACGAUUGAGCUUGAUUCGAGCACCAUCUGCAAACGAGAUCUCCUGGUGAGACUAACCAAUGACGCGGAUCCACAUUUUCUCUUUAGCCUCACAAUAUCUGAGGAAGACUUCCAAAGUUUGAAAGUCCAGCAGUCGCUCCUGAUUGAAUUCCCGUCGUUCCCCGAGAUGCUGACGCAGCUUCUUCGUCAAUGUCAAUCGGAGCAGAAUUGCAGCCAUCCCAGGUUCCAGCUGCUGCUGUCGUGCGACUCGCCGUCACUGGAUGGCCCGGCCCAGCUCAACGUGAUGGAGAGCAGCUCCUUCAAGCACCUCAACCAGCUCUCCCUGCAGCUGGCGCAGGCCUCGGACAAGCGCGUCAAAGACUACCUGGCCGCCUGUCUGGCCUCUCUCAAGGCCGACAAACAAGCGCUGGAGGUCAAACUGCAGACGACCCAAGAUGAUCUGACCAAGCGGCUCCACAACGCCGAGCAGGUGCUGUCGCAAAAGAGCGCCGAGUUGGAGCGUCUGCAUUCCGAAUGGACUCUUCAGAGGAGCUCCCUUUCCAGCCGGCACGCCGACGAGUUGCGGUCUGAGCGGGAGAGGGCGGCCGAGUUGCAGGAGCGCCUGCGACAGGAGAAGGAGCAAGUCCGCCGAGAUCUGGAAAGCGCUCACCAGCGAGACAGCCAGCAGAUGCAGAGCCGCCUGGCGCAACUGGAGACCUCCUGCGGGGAGCUCGCCGACAAAAAUUUCAAAAACGAGGCCGCCCUCCGGGACCUCAAGUCCAAGCUGGCGGGCGCCGAGGAGGAGUGCCGGCGCUCGGAGCAGCGGGUGGGCUCGCUGCGGCGCGACAAGGACUCGGCGGACGGCGAGCUGCGCGCCAAGGAGCGGCUGGCCGAGCAGCUGCGGGCGCGCGUGGCUGCCCUGGAGCAGGAAGUCCAAGACAAGGAGUGGAAGAUGAGUCGAGCGCAGGAAGCGCUGACGGCGGCGCAGCAGCAGCAGGGAUCCCUCAGGAAGAGCGUCGACGGCAAAGAAGCUCAGCUGCGACAAUUUGAAGCCCAGGUGGAGGUUUUGGCAGCAGAUGUCAAAAAGGCCAACGAGAUCAUCAGGAAGUUCCAGUGCGAGCUGCAAGUUCAGCAGGACAAGAACAAAGACAAGAGCGCCGUGCUGGUGAUGCAGGAGAAGAUUGUGCGCGACACCUCGGCCAAGCUGGAGCGAGCCCAGCGGGAAGCGCAGGACGCUCGCCGGCAGCUCGACGACAGGGACCGGCAGAUCACAAGUCUGAAGGAGCAGCUGGAGUCGAGCGUGAACAAGCUGUCGGACGCCAAGGAGACCUUGCAGAAGAACGAAAGAGUGAUCGACUGGCUGAACAAGCUGCUGAACGAGAAGCAGCUGCACGAGAAGUUUCCGGAAACGUCGGCGAACGCCCCCGUGUCGGUGGCACCCCGAGCACAGUUUUCUCCGCACGCCACCGCGAGCAGACCGAACGACUUUGCCGGCGGGCUGGAUGCCAGAUACUUUAAGCGAGACGACGGCAUCCCCGCCUACGGUCUUGCCGGCGCUCUCAUUCCCAGAGAGUCGCCGCCGCCGCGCAACAAAGCUCCCGUGGCUUCAGCCUACUUUCCCAGUUGAAACGCACGCACGCAGCGCCCGCCGUCCAUGUUUUUGUUUGCACGCCUGCGUUGUGGUUGUCGAAUGUUCAUGUUGUUGUUGUAGCUCUCACUUCCUUCAAUAAAUC